AUGAUUCAUUUAAACAACACUACACACCAUGGUGAUUUACAUUCUAAUAACGAUAUUUCUCUAACUGUACCAGAGGAGUUGGAUCUUCAAGGAGUUGAUAAUUGGUACACAAAGGAGGGCGUGUACGGUGCAAAUGCGUAUUACUGCAAGUCUAAGAAGAGGGAGUUCCAACAGAAGUGA